AUGAAAGGGGGACUUGGCAAAAUUGAAGAGAACCCAUUAGGGUUUCUUGGGAAUGAGGAGCUUCCAACGACUAUAAAAGGAGGUACCUCCUACCCAUUAAACUCAACCAGAGCAGUCGAGCAAGCUUAUUCUCUAACUACUAACAUCAAGCCCAAGUGCCUCACCUUCUAUCUCCUUCUUAUUUAUCCUAAGCAACACACAUCUGAGGAGCAAGCUUUAUCUCUCCUCCCUAAAGCCUCUGUAAUUUUGAGCCCUAUUCCUCCAUCUCCUCCUCUUUUCUCUUCUGUUAAAACACUCUAG